CAACAACCUUGGAAUCCUACUUUCCAUACAAUCUUUAACUCUCCCUGUCUCUCUCUCUUCUCUGUAACAGCAAUGGAGGUCUUCUACUUCCUUGUAUUUGGUGCACUCUCUGCAGUUGUAGCUGUUAUUGAGCUCAGCAAGAACAACAAGGACCGAGUCAAUACCACCACGGCUUUCAAUUCUUUCAAGAACAAUUAUCUUCUUGUCUACUCUCUCAUGAUGGCCGGGGAUUGGUUGCAGGGUCCUUAUGUGUACUUCCUCUACAGUACGUAUGGCUUCGGAAAAGGGGAGAUUGGACAGUUGUUUAUUGCUGGUUUUGGGUCCUCCAUGUUGUUUGGCACGAUUGUUGGAUCUCUAGCUGACAAACAGGGACGGAAGAGAGCUUGUGUGACUUAUUGCAUUACUUAUAUACUGAGCUGCAUUACCAAGCAUUCACCUCAGUACAGAAUUUUAAUGGUGGGGCGUGUGUUGGGAGGUAUCGCCACUUCUCUCCUGUUUUCAGCAUUUGAGUCAUGGCUUGUUGCCGAGCACAACAAGAGGGGCUUUGAGCAACAGUGGUUGUCUGUGACAUUUUCAAAGGCAAUAUUUCUUGGCAAUGGCCUUGUUGCUAUUCUCUCUGGGUUGUUUGGAAAUCUACUAGUAGAUAACUUGAGCCUUGGCCCUGUGGCCCCUUUUGAUGCUGCUGCAUGCUUUCUAGCUGUUGGUAUGGCUGUCAUUUUGUCAUCAUGGUCUGAAAACUACGGUGAUCCUUCAGAGAACAAGGACUUGCUUACACAGUUCAAGGGAGCUGCUGUUGCCAUAGCUUCUGAUGAGAAAAUUGCGUUGCUGGGUGCAAUUCAGUCGUUGUUUGAAGGCUCAAUGUAUACUUUUGUGUUCCUCUGGACUCCUGCUCUAAGCCCAAAUGAAGAGGAGAUUCCCCAUGGUUUCAUCUUUGCAACUUUCAUGUUGGCUUCAAUGUUGGGAAGCUCUGUUGCUUCUCGACUGCUGGCCCGCGCAUCACUCAAAGUUGAAAGUUACAUGCAGAUCGUUUUUGUGAUCUCUUCUGCUUCUCUCCUGCUUCCCAUUGUGACAAAUAUUUUGGUUGAACCUUCCAAGGUGAAAGGCGGAAGCAUCUCAUUUGCAGGUUGUGUCCAGCUUCUUGGCUUCUGCACAUUCGAGGCUUGUGUGGGGAUCUUCUGGCCGUCCAUCAUGAAGAUGAGGUCCCAGUACAUUCCAGAGGAGGCUAGAAGCACUAUCAUGAACUUCUUCCGCAUUCCCCUCAAUAUCUUUGUGUGCAUCGUGCUAUAUAAUGUAUGUAACCUUAAUGGCUUAAUUCGCUGCUUGACCUUACAUUGUAGUAGGCAUGGUCAUGUGAAGAGCAGGGCAACUCAACCUUACCCACCUUUUUUUUCCCUGCUUUGUUUGAGCGCCCUCAGUCAAACUGAACCCACAAAAAACCCAUAUAAAAUUCAACCUGGUGGUUGGCUAUCCUAUUGUUUAUUAGCAUGCCAAUCUCUAUAUCUACUUAUGACUGAAGUACUAAUCUAAUCCAUUAGCAGCCAUCUUGUUAUGACCCAAGGACCAAUCCAAUUCUUCACCAGCCCUUAUUUUGGAUAUAGACCAUGUGAAGACUUCUAUGUGCUCCUUCUCUGGUGAUCGUUCCUUCUGUUUCUUAAUAGUUGUUUUUGGUAUGUUUUUGAAGGUUAAUGCAUUCCCCAUCACUGUCAUGUUUGGCAUGUGCUCGAUUUUCCUCUUUGUGGCAUCUAUCUUGCAAAGGCGGCUCAUGGUGAUUGCUGACAAGUCAAGUAAGUAUAAUCCUUGCACCGUAAUCUUGCCUAUGUAACGAGCUUUAAACUUAGCAUGCAAGCAAGCCCAGUCUCAUUUGAGCCUUAUACAUGACAUAUGAUUGUCAUGUGGACAAGAUGUAGAAAAUUUCUAAUCCAUGAAUCGAUAUAGGCUCUAUUCAACCUCCCAUUUUUAUGGUUUCUUGAUACUCACGACUGGCACUAUUUUCAUAUUCAUUACAGAGACAGAAGAUUGGGCAUCAAUGAAGGACAAAAAUAUGGAGGCAGAGCCAUUGAACAUCUGAGUGACAUGCCCAGAUGACAGACCACAGAGAUUUUUUGAAGGGUGAGAACAAGCACCGGAUUCAUUCCAUAAACGGAUUGAAAAUCUUAUUUAAUUGAAGCUGUAAUUCAAUUUUAUUAUGAGGACCACAGACAGUGUAUAAGAAAACAGUGGUCUGCCCAGCAAACAAAAUGGAGGUAGGGCAGGGAGGAAAGCAAGAGCCACUUAAGCUUUUUAUAAUUUCAUUUUUACUGUCAGUAGAUCAACAGAGUAGCGCAUAAAAGCUUGUUAAAUGCUCUCUUUUGUAAUUUUGAUGCUUUUGUAAUUCAGAUGCUAUUCUUUUUUAUAUAUCUGGUUUUAGAAUCA